GUGGCGUUCAACUUAUAUAAAAUUGACAACAUCCGGCAGGGAAGGAGUUCCCAAUCAUUGAUAUUUUUGGAAUAUAUUUGUAUAUAAGCAUUUUAGGACAGAAAUAAGACUUGACAAUGGAUAAGUUAAAGAAAGCACUCAGUGGGGAUGAUGAUGAAGAGCAAGGCAUUGUGACACAGAUUAAUGAGGCUUCUACAUUAAGUUGGGAAACAAGAAUUAAGGGAUUUGCUAUCUGCUUCAUACUUGGUAUUUCCUUGUCAAUAUUGGGUUCUUGCCUACUAUGGGUGCCAAACAAUGGGCUGAUACUAUUUGCCUGCUUCUACACAGUUGGAAACAUCAUGUCAUUAGCAAGCACAUGUUUCCUGAUGGGUCCAGUAAAACAGUUGAAAAAGAUGUUCGCACAGACUAGAAUAUUUGCAACUAUUCUUGUAGUUGUCAUGUUUGUUUUAACAUUAGUUUGCGCUAUAGCGCUGAAAAAUCCAAUACUUACCCUCAUGUGCUGUAUUGUUCAGUUCCUGGCUUUGACCUGGUACUCUCUCUCAUACAUACCUUUUGCCAGAGAUGCAGUGAAGAAAUGUUUCGAGGGUUGUAUCUCGUGAGAAUGUCGGGUAACACAGCUUGGCAGCAGUAUUUAUAUGGCAUAAGUUUAUAGCAGAAAUAAUGAUAUGUACAGAACAUUACGUUCCUCAUUUAUAAGUUAAAUAUAGCAUUAAUAUUUUGUUAAUAGACUAACUCCGGAAUUAAGAAUAUUUGGAUUUUUUCCCAGCUAAUCCUUAGGUACAAACAAACUUCUACAGUUACAGCUUGGAAAAUGAGCGCAACAGGUUGACUAAUCUAUUGUGACAGGUAUUGCACUGUGAAGCUAUAACGGUAAAAAUUUGUACCUACAGAUGGGCUGGAAAAAAACCCACAUUUUCUGAGUUCCGAAUACAUCUAUUAUUUAAGUUUUGAUCAUAUUUCCAGAUAUUUUUCCCUUAUAUGUAUAUAAAACUACUUUGAAAUAAAUAGCAGAAACUAUAUCAUAUAUAUGUACAGAAGGUUAUGUUUCUCUUAUUUGAACAAUUAUAAUUUAAAUAUUCUAUUAAAUAUAUUUGUUUCAUCAAAAUUAUUUUCAUAUUUUUUCCCCCUCAAAAUAAAGUAAAAAAAAGUUGU